AUGGAUGAGCUGGCCAGCGCGCAGAACCUUUUGAGUGAGGGUGAUGCACAGGCUGCAGUGGAGUGCUUGGAACGUGUUUCCAAAAGCUCCGGUUUAGGGCUGGAUGGACAUUUGCUAAUGGCAGAGGCCCUGUGGACACGAGCCGGACCCGGUGGCACGGAAGCUGCGCUGCCACACUACGAAGCAGCUUUGACGUUGGCAGGCUCGGACGUUUCCAAGAAGGCGACGGUGAGUCUUGGCUACGGCUUCGCCCUCCUGCAGUUGAAGCACCUGCCCCGAGCACGGCAGGAGCUCCUGAAGGCACGAAGUCUUGCUGAGGAGGACGGGAAUGCGGCGGCUGCUCAGUUUGUAGACAGCUUGCUCCAAAAUACGGAAAGUACGGAAGCGGCUACUCUAGAUGAUGCGGCGAAGGCAACAUGGCUCGCGUUCGCAGGUGCCUAUGCAAACGAUGAACGACCUGUGCUGUUUAUGCGGGGAACCAUACACGAGCCACUGGAUGCAGCGAGUGCUCAUGGCGUUGAAAAGCUGAGAGCUUCUGGAGCCAAGUCAAUGAAGGUGGUUGACUUGAGUGAGACAGGACCCGACUUACCUGGAGGCCUGCAGACGCUGGCAGAUGUGGGAAUCGAGCUUCCGCAGCUCUACCUGAAGGGAGCCGCCGUUGAGCACUGGAUGGGACUCGAGACUGGCGAGCUCCGUCGACGGCUUGAAGACUCCGGGGUCGCCAUGAAGGAUCCCGACAGCGAACCCUGCCACGGCACCUUCUCUGACGGGCUUGCGGACUGGGAGGUGGCCCUUGUUGAGAUGAUUUCGGUGUCGGGACCUGGAGAUUGGGAGGAGAAGGCCAAGGCUUUGACGAAGAAAGGGUUUGAGGAUGCUCCAAAGACCGCCGGAUUGCUGGAGGAGGCUUGGCAGAAGCUGGCCCCUUCCAUAAAGACGAAGCUGGAAAGCCAGCCGGAGAUGCCGUGCGGGCACUCGUGCAAUACCUGCCCAACCAAGCACGACUGUCAGCUACACGAUGCAGUGGGCCAUGUCAGAGACAUAGAAGACCGUGAAGACGGGAAGGAGGCUGCCUGGUUCGACACCGGCACGGACCAGUACGACUUGUUCGGCCGCCCCAGGGCGCCGACCCCCGAUUCCCCCAAGUUCUACGUCGAGUGGAGCAAGGUCAGCAGGACUGCCGAGUGGAGUUGCGGCCCCCCGGGCUGCGUCGCCGACGCGUCCCUGAAGGUAUUCGAGAAUGCCUCCGAGAUGGAGUACAAAAUGUGCCUGUUGUCGGUCUCCGUGCAUGCCACGGACUUCGACGACACGUACGGCCGGGAGAAGAUUGAGUGGAUCCUGAUCAACGACAAGGAGGCUCUUCGCGACUUCUCGCCACAAGCACCCAAGCCCAAGGGCUGCGAGACAGACGACAACCCGGCAGCAUUGCAUGGAACGACUGUCACCGAGCAGCAGUUGUCCAAUGUCUCCUUGUUGGCUACACAUGCCGAGCCUGAUUCGAAAAAGAGCCAUGCAUCCAAACAAGCUGGCACGAAAGAGACGGCCCCUGAUGCCAAGUCUGAUUCGACAUCCAAGCAAGCUGGCAAGAAAGAGACAGCACCUGAGGCCAAGUCUGAUUCCAAGAAGGACCAUGCGUCCAAGCAAGCUGGCACGAAAGCUUCGGCGCCUGUCAGCGGUGGCAGGACCAAUGCAAGCCUACUCGAUGUGCCUCUUUACCCGUGCAUCCGUGAUCUGCCGCUCGAGGGGCUGAUUGAUCAGAAUGGCGAGCUCCGAAUCUCUGGCAAGAUCUCGCCGUCAGUAGACGAGUGCCCCGUGAAUGGCAACCAUCUGAGUGGCGUCGUCUCCGUCACUUGCUUCGCACGGCCCAUCGUGACGCUGCCCCCGACCACCACGACGACCACAGGUACGGUCACCACCACAACGGUGCACGACUUCCCUGUGCAAGACUCGAAGCACUUCUGGUGUGAGGAGCCGGGCUGCACAGCGACCACAAUCCUGAUGCUGGACAUCUUCAACAUGACGUCCCGAAAGUGCACGUUGACCGUAAGGAUCAACCAGACCGACUUUGACGAAAACGACGGCACCACCGAGCGCCUGGAGUGGAUCAAGGUCGGCGGAUCGAAUGUUACGGGAAACCUGAAGCCGGGCAAGAAUCCAUGCCGAGAGGCAGCUUCUGGUACUCCGCGCCAGUAUGUGAACUUCACCGUGCUCGACGAGCAGGACGUGGCGGACAGAAUCACGAACGGGAUACUGCCUGUAUCCAUCAAGAUCUCGGACAUGGUCGAUGAGUGCAGCGUGGAUGGCCAUCUCCUUGAUGGCCAAGCUGACCUGUCAUGUAGCUGA